AUGUAUCGUCAAAACCACCCCGGUCCUCUCUCCCUACCCACAACCUGGAGUCCUCCCACCAACGACAUGCCCAACAAAUCUCCUACCACGGAUACAAACCAGCGAAGCCGACAAGCAAGCACAUGCUCCGAACGCAGCUGCGAAGGCAUGACGCUCGACGAAACAAGAGAGCUGUGGAGAUGCAUGCUCGAACUACAGCUUCGCUACGGAUGUUAUAAUUCUACCAGGAUAGACAUGGCUGUUGAUGCUGGAGAAGACGGUCUUGACUUGAUGCCAAACCGCUUUAUUAUCGAUACUCUCAAUGAGUCUGUUAUUGACCUUCCCGACGAAGGCCGCGAACUACUUAACCGCUACUUAUGUCCUUCAUCACCAAACAAUAAGCAGAAGUGGAAGUUCUGGAAGAAGGAAUAA